AGAUGUUUUGUGGAUGUUUUGUCUGAAGUUCAAAAUAUCAAAAAAGGUGCGCCAAGGAAAUAAGUAUAAAAGUGUUUUUUGGAUUGUCUCGAUAGAUAAAACCUGAUAAUGAUAUUAAAGGUCAGAAGCCAUCGAAUCUGCUAGUUCGUAACACGCGCAUACUAACAGAAAACUGAAAGAUUUGUAUAGUACCAAAUAAUUGUUUUUGAAAGAAAUUUUGUAUUAUUAUUUAGAAAAAAAUGUCACAACCAGAUGGACUUCGUAGAAGAACUAAAAGUGUAACUAGAGCCGAGGAAAUUCAAGCCGAAAAUAAAAAAGCCAGGAAAAACCAACCCGACAAACCGAUUCACAGACCAAGAGACUCACUGUUUUCAUGGACGUCAGGUUUUGAUAACUUCACUGGUUUUAUAAACUGGGCAUUUUUGUUGCUUUCUAUAGGAGGCAUAAGACUUUUGCUUGAGAAUUUUAUAAAAUAUGGUAUUAGAAUAGACCCAGUUCAAUGGUUCUACAUGCUUACCGGCCAGGAUGAUUCGGGAUCUGAACAUCCUUCCUUAGUGUUAAUAGCUUAUUCUUGUGUGCCUAUAAUUUUGUGCCUUUUAAACGAGAAGGGUUUGGCUGUGGAAAUUAUUCCCAAUGCGGCUGGUCUAAUUGUCCAUAUAAUAAAUUUAUUGGUGCUAAUUUUACUUCCUAUGGCUGUAAUCCAUGUUAAAGAUGGUUUUAGUUUAGUUGGUGCCUCAGUUGUAACUACCCUCUACAGUGUCUUGUUUCUUAAGCUGUGGUCAUACGUUCAAGUCAACAUGUGGUGCAGGAUCGCCAGAUAUAAUGGAAAAGGUACUAUGAGGAGACAGUCGAUGUCUUACAACAAUUUAAGAAACACUAAAGGUAGCGCAAACGGCAAAAACGACACAGCUGACGAACUGGUCCAAUAUCCCGACAACUUAAACCUUAAAGAUUUAUACUACUUCCUUUGCGCACCAACGUUAUGUUACGAACUGAACUUCCCUAAAACGGAACGGAUACGAAAGAGAUUCCUUUUGAAGAGGAUCCUGGAAGUGAUGUUGGGUGUCCAGCUGAUAUUUUGUGUUAUCCAGCAGUACAUGAUACCAUCCGUCAAAAACUCUUUGAUUCCAUUUAGCAAUAUGGACUACACCAAGGCGACUGAAAGGCUGUUAAAAUUAGCUCUUCUGCACUUCUUAGCGAAAAUAUAAAUUCGAUAGUCUUACGGUGUAUAUAGAUAUGUAGUAUAUAGAUAUAUAGUAAAAAAAUAUGGAGAUAAAAUAAUACGUCAAUAUAUGGUAAAAAUAUG